AUGUCUCAGGCAAUGGAGGACGUCUCUGAGCCUCCGGAAUUGUCACAGUCACUAGUGGUAGCGACAUCUGAGAGUGCUCAUCAGAAGCGGAAAAUCACUGCUUUAGAAGAAAAGUUACAGGUACUGGAAUCGGGGCAUGCGGUCAAAAAAAGAGAGAUGGACUACUACAUAUCGAAAGGAAGAGCCAUCAGACAGAUCGUUACAUUAUUUGAUAACAUCGAAGACUUAAUAUCCGAGAAUGAUAGGAGGUGUGAUUUGGAUGAGGAUGAGGAUAUGACUGUCGAUCAGCAUCGUUUACAAAUCGGAUACAUUGCCCUUAAUCACACCCUCCCAUGGUUUCACUCAAAAGCUUCAGACUUGGAGAAUGAGGAUCUCAUGUAUAUGCUACAAAAGCUUAGGCAGGGGGCUGACAAUCCAUCCAAGAUAGAGAAAAUCGCACCGGUACGGCAUUAUACCAAGUGGGAGCCGGACGUAGACACGAGAAUAGCGGACACGAAGGAGAGAGCGGCAAAGGAGGACGAAGAAGCCACGGAGGACCUAAGGGUGUACUCAGAUGGAUACGCAACAGAAGGGAAAGUGGGAGGCGCGGCGGUGUAG